AUGACGGCUUUGAAAAAAAAAAUUAAUGCAUAUUGCAAUCGACCCGGUGCUGUAUGCCAAGACCCAAGAUUUGUCGGUGCAGAUGGAAUCGCAUUCUACUUCCAUGGCAAGAAAGAGCGAGACUUUUGCAUAGUUUCUGAUUCUAACCUACACAUUAAUGCCCACUUCAUCGGCCGCCGGAAUGAAAACAUGAAGAGGGACUUCACCUGGGUCCAGUCUCUCGGAAUCCUCUUUGACAACCACAAACUCUUCAUUGGUGCACAGAAGACCUCAACUUGGGAUGACUCAGUAGACCGUGUUGCCCUUGAGUUUGAUAGAGAACCUAUAAUCCUCCCCGAAGGCGAAGGCAGCCAGUGGAAGUCUGAAGCAUCAAGACUGACCAUAACAAGGACUCGCAACACCAAUGCUGUUGAGAUUGAAGUGGAAGAUAAUUUCAAGAUCAAAGCACUAGUGGUCCCUAUCACUGAGAAAGACUCAAGAAUGCACAACUAUGGCAUAACUCGAGAAGAUUGCUUUGCUCACCUUGACAUGAGCUUCAAAUUCUAUGCAUUAAGCAGCAGUGUGAAUGGUGUUCUAGGCCAGACUUAUGCAAGCAACUAUGUCAGCAGAGCUAAGAUGGGAGUGUUGAUGCCUGUUCUGGGUGGCAAUAAGGAAUAUUCAUCUUCAAAUCUCUUUGCCAGCGAUUGCGAUGUCGCUCAAUUUACAGGACAGUCUCUUGAAGGUAACUCUUACGCGAAUUUCAAGGAUGCCAACCUUAACUGUGCGAGCAGUGGCUUGGGCGGCCAUGGAGUUGUCUGCUAG